GCGGUACAUUAUUUGUUGUUGUUUUAGUGAGAGAAGUGGGCCAGUCGACAUCUUCAGCAUAGAAGGCGAUUUAUAAUAUUUAAAGUGAUUGAGUUUUGGAGAUCAUUACUGCGCUGAUUGGGCCGUCUGAUAUUCGUCCAAGUUGGGGAAGACGGGCGUUGUAUUUCACAUCUUCCUGAAUCCAUCAGUAGCUAUCCAAGAUGUCUAGCCAGUAUCAGCGAAGUGUUCCACUGGAGGUCAGGAGAGCGGAAGGGGAGAGAGUUCGUGCCAAACAUCCGGAUAAAAUCCCGAUAAUAGUGGAGAGAGCUGCAAGGUCACGAGCUCCUGAGCUUGACAAAAAGAAAUACCUUGUUCCUUCAGACCUCACAGUUGGUCAGCUCUGCUUCCUGAUCAGACAGCGGGUGUCUAUGAGACCGGAAGAAGCGCUCUUCUUUUUCGUUAGAAAUUCCCUCCCUCCAUCCAGUUCCCCCCUUUCUGCAGUGUAUGAGGAACACCAUGAGGAAGACCUGUUCCUGUACAUGACAUACAGUAAUGAGAGUGUUUACGGUGCUUGAGACUGGAGAGAAGAGAUGGAGAAGGAUGACGCAUUAUUUUACCACUAUUAUCCCAUGUUCAAUACAUUGUACCUACAGAGAGUAUUGUUCAAUAAUGGGGACUAAAGGGUGCUGUUUGUAUUUAUCAGUAUUCUGGGGAAACUACAAUGAGAUGCAUUGGGACUUGAGAAUUGAGAAACACUAAAGAGAAAAUGGAAGGUCAAAAACAAAAAAUAGAGAUAAAUAAAAAAAAAAGUAGUAGAGUAAGCAAGUAUUCAUUUCAUCUUUCUCUCCCAGGAGCGCAUCAUUUGUAUUUAAUGCAAAUAGGUUUUUGUUCUUGUUUUUCUUUCUUUUUUUUGUAAAGUAUUAUCAAUAACUUUGUGCAUAUAAUAAACACCUUUAAAAAAUUUUCGC